AUCUUCGAGUCGCUAUCCAUUACGAGUAUUCUUGUGCGCCAGGACAGCCAGUUUCACGACUUGCACAGCGCUUGCAGCCUUGUCCAAGUUUUUACCUGACUUCCAAUCAAAAGGCUUCCCCACGUCAUGUUUGCUUUGUGACGCGCUGGAAUCUGUGGCCAUUGGAACAAAGUCGCAACUCCGUCUCAAGACGCACAAUUACGACCAAGCCAUUCCUAGAGACAUCAAUUGAGCGAUAGACGCUCCGCCGUCAAGAUGCCUUUAUUCAAUCGCAAGCGCGCGAGCUCGCAGCCGCCGCAACCACGAGGCCCUCCCCCCAGUUCGUCGGCCGCGAUAGCAGCGAGCGCCGCUUUUCUUAACAAGUCUCCGUCGACCGCUUCCCUAUCAUCCGCCGCCGCAGCAGCGGCCCUUCGUUCCCAGACUUCCUCACCAGAACCUAUCGGAUCCAUCCAGACCAAGCGCAUGGUCAGGAGAGGUUCCCAGUCCUCGACAGGAAGUGGUGCUAUCAUGGGCGGCAAUCCUAGAAACAGCAUGGUCAGACAGACUAGUAAUUCGUCCAUGUCGGAUCGAACCUUCCGAUCCCCUUCUCCUGGCGGCAGGCGACAAGACGCCGUAUCGCCUGCGCCCGACGCUCCUCCCGUACCCGCUAUCCCAAAGAAUCUGGUCAAGACACAGCGAAGAGCUGCUAGUCUCGACGUCCCAAACCGCAUCAGCUUACCGAGUCCGAGUACCCCAAGAAGCGCUCAGCGCAAUACUAGUGUUGACAGAAGCGGAAGGCAACUGAACUUGCCCAGAAUGCCUGAGCUGAAAAGAGAGGACAGCAACGGCGUCAACUACUCACGCCCAAUGAGUCCUGCUCGUGCCGUUUCUCCUCCACCCCGCCCAAAUUCGAGUGUAGGAUGGUUCACCUCGCCCAAGGUCAGCAAUGGAACUCCUCGCGGAAACCCCGUCCCAGCAAGGCCUCAAUCAGCCUUGGACUUUUCGUCCCCGGCAGCCAAGAAAAUACAACAGGACGUCCAGAAUGCCGCAAAUGCGCCCGUCAAAAAGAACAAGAAACCCGUUACCGAGGGCGCUCGUCUGGCAAAUGGCACCAUGAACACGGCUCCAACAGGUUCCGCUAUGCGCACUGCACCACCUGAGCCCGUCCAGGCCCAAUCGCAACUUUCGCAGGCAGAUACGACUCCGAAAAAGAAGAAGAGAACGACCGUCGUGCCUCCUGUGGACACUCAGGCUUCUGAUGGUGCUUCUCUAACUCCUGUAAAUCCUUCUCCAAGCACUGUUUCUUCAGCUAGUCCAAGUUCUCCUCGCGCUGCUGGUGGUAUUUUGCACAAACAACCAUCUGUUGUUCGCGAGGACCCUGAAGCUGAAGCCACUGCCGAAGUUCAGUCCACGCCUCAAACCACUCCCAAGGCGGCUCCGAAGAAGCACAACUUCAUGAAGUCGCUUCGUGACACUCCAGCUACUAUCACAACAUCUGAAGGUGCAGUACAGGCAUAUGUCGCUCCUGGAGGCACCCGCCCGAGGGCCGUCAGUCUAGACGUUCCGAGAGGCAAUGGUCAGCGUGCAAGUUCCUCAAGCCCUUCGCGCAAUGUCCAUGCCCAUUUCGUUGAAGGCUCGUCACUUGCGACACCUCUAAGUGUCAGACAUCAGCCCCCUCCUCGGUCCAUCUCGCCCAUGAAAUCGGCCCUUAGACAGUCUCCGGCUUCAUCUGUUAGAAACAUCUCGCCCAACGUCGGCAUCAAUGGUGGCCCUAGAGCUCCCCCUAGCGAUACAUCUGACACCAUGUCCAUGACUUCACAAGAUGGCAUCAAACAAACAAAGAGGAAGAAGAGUGUUCGCAUCAGCGAAGAUGGUAGUGUUCCAGUCCCACCGGCUGCCGACCCAAAUGGAAGAAGGGAGCUCUCAGGAUCGUGGGCAAACGACGACAUUAAUGAGAUCAUGAAGCCUCGAUCGGCGCUUCCAUCCUUCAGCAGUGUCAGAGGUCGCAAGCAACAGCAAGCAGAAGUGCCCGAAAAGGUUACCGAGACUGUGUCCUCUAGUAUGACCAACAGUGCAAGCACCUUGCCAGACCAUCGCGAAGCUUCCAACGAUGAACUUGUGGGCGCCGUGCUCGCUCAGCAUUACGCUCAAAAGGGCAAGCAGGCCGAAACUCAGGCACCUGUUUCAAGCGAACCACUGCCUCCACAAGUCACAAGCAAAGAAACAUCGGCCGACAUGUCUGACUCGGCCUACUCAGAAGACGAAGGUGAAUUGCAAGCACAGCCGUUCCAAGCCGAAAAAGCACUCGCCAACGACGAGAAGACAUCUUCCAGUCUGGCAGCAGAACCCUCGAAUCAUCGUGUAGAGGCUCCUGAGGCAAAUCCCAUUGAACUCGCUGUACCUGAUCUCGCCAUUCAACCUCCCACGCCAGGAGUCGAAGAGGAGCCAGAACCUUCCCUGGAAGCAGUCACUGUGCAAAGACCUGUACUUAAGCAGCGCAACAGCAUGCCUGGAGCUUGGGACGAGUGGGAAGAGUCGAAGACUGCAGGACCUUCCAGACAAGCCAUCCGCGACGAAGCUCUGAUGUCUGAAAACGACUCUAGCGAUGAAGAUGAAGAUGUAACUUUGCAGCCAGCACAGACUUCAGUUGACGGCCAUUCGCCGAUACUGCAACCUAUUUACGAAUCCGACUCUGAUGUGAGUGAGGACUUUGCAGAUGCUGAAGAGGAUCUCUCUGAACUCGGUCAUGGUGGUUUCGCUUCUCUGGACGCGAUCGUCGAGAGCCCUGUCACUAAGCCUGCAGCUGUAAUCCCCAGCCCUCCGGUCAGUCCGGCUGUCGCGCUUCCACCUUCGAGAGCCAUGCCUGAAGCAUCUACACUUACAGAGGAGCAGCUCAUGAACGACAAUACUGACUGGAACUCGGCGACCGCAUACUGGAGCAGUCUGAGCAGGAAGAAGAAGCUGGAGCUCGAAGCCGAAGCGGAGGCUGCGAUUACCGUCCCUGUUGUUGAGUCUGCGCCCAAGCCUAAGAAGAAGAAGCAGUCGGUUGAUCAACUGGAUAUAACAAAUCCUACGACAUUCGCACCUGCACCCGUCUCCCCUCGCGACGAUCCCUUCGAGCCUGAGGAAGAAGAGCAACCGCGUGCGCCUGCAUUACGUAAGUCAAUGCGCAACUCCGGAGAGUCUGAGCGCACAUCUGGUGAGACUUAUAUGCGCAAAUCAAUGCGUGGUCCUCCUCCGCAGGCAGCACCUUCUUCUUCGUCCUCCAACGAAACGCACAUGCGCACUUCCAUGCGUGCUGGAGGAUCUGCCCGCUCCGACGGUGGUUCUAUGAGAACUUCUAUGCGUGGUGACGCAGGCUCGAAGCCUGCCUCUAAGAGAGUUUCAGGCCCUCCUGGUCCAGCUAACAUACCUGGAGCCGGUUCCGCAGCCGCAGCCGCAGCCAAAUUGCAGCCCGCACAGAAACCUACUAAGCCAGUUGUUGCUCCCCUUCCUGCCUACGAUUCGGACUCCGAGUCCAGCUUCAAGAAGAACAAGCGUCGUGGUUCCGUCUCGACUGUUGACUCAGUUGGCAAGUACACGAUGAAGCGCUCAAUGCGCUCUGGUUCUGUAGAUGCGGGGCCGCCGCCGCCGCCUGCUGAACGUGGCAGACAAGUGGCCUCGCCCGCCAAAGCUGGAAGUGGCAGAUUCAGUCUGCGCUCGCUUUCUCCCACGGGUUCGUUCAUGGGUCGUAACAAUGGUGAACAGCUCAGACAGUCCUUACGAGGAGCACCUGUCGAUAACACACCCACCAUGCGUGGAAAGAACAACCGAGCCUCGCGUGAUGCCAAAGCCUCGUCAGGAUUCGGCAUGUCCGGGUUUGGCAAAUCGAAGCCUGCACCUGCGCCAGCACCAAAGAAAAGCUCGGGCGGUUUCAGAUCUCGAUUUGCGGACAGUGACGAUGAAGACGAUGCUCCUCGAGGUGGCUUCCGCAGUCGCUUUGCCGACUCUGAUGAGGAAGACUCUCCUGUUGGCCCUCCCAAGCAGAUGCCGUCCAACCUCGCGCCAGUCCGCGGCAUUCCCAAGCGUAGAGGCCAAGAUUCAGAUUCCACCGAUCUGUCCGACUCUGAAGACGAAGCUCGCACUGGUACGAAGAAGGCUGUUGCUGGGAGAGCCAGCACUAAGCCUGCUGUCCCUAGUCAAUCUGACAUCGACGCAGCCAUGGAGAUUGCCAAACGCAACGUUGCAGCCAUGAACGGUGGUCGUGAACCAGGGGUACCUCAACCACCACCAGUCCCAGCAAGCCCCAGUGCACCUAGACAAGAAGUGCCUCUCACCCCCACUCGCCGGAAAGGCUUCCUCGGCAGCGUCCUCCGCCGAAACAGCUCCUCCGUGGUACCGACCUCGCCAGUCGACUCCCAACACCCCCUUACGCCAACUCUCCGCAGUCCGGCCAAACAACCCAAACUCCAGCGCCGCACUACACCGCAGAACUGGCCUUUGCCUGCCACGCCUAAUGAUGAUGCCGCUGCAGAAACCAGGCCCACUACUAGCGAUGGCGUGCCUGCGAUGAAGAAGACUAUGCGCCCGGACAUGAACAGACGCAGCAUGAGCGGCAACGAUCUGAACCGCAUGGCCAACGGGGGAAUUGUGGCCAGCACUGCGACCAAGAAGAAGAAGUUCUCAGGCUUGAGGAAGUUGUUUGGAUUGAACGACUGAGGGAUAUGAUGAAGAUAGGACACCAACAGAACAGAGGGACCGGGAUAUAAUCAGAUGUGGAUGCAGAGGAAAGGAAAGAAAGAUGGAUGGAUGGAUCGUGGUUUCAUUAAUGUAUAAUCCUGGUCAAUUUUUCUUUUUUCUUAUUUUGUCGUCCAUCACCAAAAAGAUGGACUCAGAAUAUGAUGCGCUGUUCGUUUGUUUGGGAAAGAAUGAUACCAAAUGUUUUUCUGUUUUUACCAUCGUUUCUUGUCGAUUCUCUUUAUCUUGAUCGAAAAUAUUCAUUCUUUACCACGGCCU